GGCAGGGCCCUUUCUGCGGGGGCAAUGGGGCUGCCCGGGCCGCUUUCCCGGUGGCACCCGCUGGGCUGGCGGAAGUAGCUGCGCUUCCGGGUCCGGCGCUCGCGCACUGUCUGAGGCGCAGAGCGGGAGCCCGGUGAGCAGCGGGGCUGAAACCUCCCUAGCGCCCGGGGCGGGGCGGGGGGAUUUAACCCCCUGACUGAGCAACGGAGAUUCCUGGUGGAGAGGCCUGACAUAACGAAAGGACCAGCAGACAAGAUGGCAGAGAUGCAGAUAGAUCCAGACCUGGCCAAGAGACUCUUUUUUGAGGGUGCCACAGUUGUCAUUUUGAACAUGCCUGAGGGGACAGAGUUUGGCAUUGAUUACAACACUUGGCAUGUGGGCCCCAGAUUCCGGGGAGUCAAGAUGAUCCCUCCAGGCAUCCAUUUCUUCCACUAUAGCUCUGUCAACAGGUAUAACACCAAAGAGACAGGUCCCCGUACUGGCUUCUUUUUAAGCCUGCAGCAGCGAGAUUUGCAGAUUCUGCACUGGAACUCAUCAAAUGAGGAAGUGGACCUCACCCCAGCAUCUGAAGAAGAGAUUGAAAUAAUGAGGUCAAACCUCCAGGAGAUGGACAAGUUUCUUGGGCCAUACCCAUAUGAGACCCUCAAGAAAUGGAUCUCCCUCACUAACUUCAUCAGUGAAUCAGUGAUGAAGAAGCUGCAGCCAGAGAGCGGACAGAUCUGUGCCUUUUCAGAGGUUCUGCCGGUUCUAGCUGGGAAGCACACCAAAGACAGAGCUGAACAGAACCUGCCCCCAUAUGACACAGAAUGUAAGAGCUACGCAGAAGGCCUGGCCCGACUGCCCAAAAUGAAGCUGAAAGCUGGCACUGAGAUCCGGUUCACAGAGAUGCCAAAGCAGAUGUACCCUGAUGGUGCUACUCCUGAGGAAAUAACCAGGCACAGUAUGGACCUUAGCUAUGCUCUGGAAACGGUGAUUAACAAACGGUACUCCAGCCAGCCCCAGGAUGUGCUCGCUGAACUGCAGUUUGCUUUCAUCUGCUUCCUGAUUGGGAACGUCUAUGAUGCAUUUGAGCACUGGAAAAAACUUCUGAAUGUUUUGUGCAGAUCAGAGGAUGCCAUAGGGAAGCAUCAGGUCCUCUACACCAACCUCAUUUCUGUCCUGUACCACCAGCUCAGUGAAAUCCCAGCUGACUUCUUUGUGGACAUAGUCUCUCAGGACAACUUUUUAACCAGCACCUUACAGGUGUUUUUUUCCUACACCUGCAGCUCCACCGUUGACAGGACGCUGAGGAAAAAGGCAGAAAAAUUUAAAGCCCACCUAACUAAGAAAUUCAAAUGGGACUUUGAGGCUGAGCCAGAUGACUGUGCCCCUGUGGUAGUGGAGCUGCCAGAAGGAGUGCUAUUGGACUGAAUGAAAUGCUGUUGUGGAACCAAGCACUGGGGUUUUUUUGUUUGUUUGUUUAGCUUAUUUUUCUUCCCCUCUUCCCGAAUUUGCCAGCUUUCUUAAUUCUGUAUCUCAUCCUGUGAAAUGAACUUGGUGAUCCGGAGCCGAUUCCUGCUCCUGCUAUAGAAUCAGAUCUGGGAAGCCCAGAAACGCUGCAUAUUGGGUCUCCAGGCCAGAGCUCUUUUGUUGUGGGCUCGGGCAUUGUUCUACAAGCCACUGGGACAGAGUAUACCCACAUGAUGCAAUGCAUCCAGGGUCACUUUGAGUACUCAGGGAACCUGUAUUUCCUUAGCUCUUCUACAAGUGCUAGUUCAUGGACAUAACCACCUGUUGGAUGGCCGUAGCCAUCUUAUAUUGAAGAAGCCCUACAUGAAACCAUUUGCCUUCUAGAGUCUGGAGCCUGUACUCUAGCUUCAUGCCUUUAGAAUUAGGAGGUAGGUUGAACUACCUGUGAUCACUACAUCCUUCUCCAGCCCCAACCCAUGUUGACUGUACUUCUGCAAUAGCAUGCUGCGAUGGAAAAAAAUAUCCUUUUCUAAAUCCUCCUAUUCCAUAGCUCUGACACUAAAAUAACCAGAUCAGAGGAGUAACACCUUUACAUAAACACUGACAACACUGUAAUUGCAGUGGCAGAGAGACUGAAUCUACUUAGCCUGGUGUAAGAGAAUCUGGAGAGUUUGGUAACCAGAAAUUGAAUUUUUGGGCAGUAGUCACCUGGUAUUCGAAACAAAAAGCCAGCCACAGAUACAAGGUCAGAUUUUUCACCGACUGUUCUUGUUGUUUGAGAUCUCUGGAACUGUUCCUGUAAUUAUUUUUUGCUUCUCACUGAUCAUCUCAUUAAUAAUCAUGUGAGGACUCUGGUGUUCAUUCAGAGCUGAAUUCCUGUCAUUGUUAUCCUGUAAUUCUUACUCUGUGUAAGACAGUGGGGUUUUUUGUUUGUGUUUAUUUUUAAACAAGAAUCCCUACUGUUGUAGGGAUUAGGCUGUGUUCAACUUGCUUGUUUCUUUCUAGAUAGUUAGACUCCUUAAGGAAUUUAUUGUAUAUGUGCCCAACACGAUAACCUACUUAUUAGUCUUUCACAAUAGUAGUUCAAAAUAAAUCUUCCUAUGUUACUUUCCUAGAAAAAUAUCCCUGCAGUCUUUUGUGUGUGAAUUAUUUUAGCCAAGUUGUAUGUUAGUCUAUUAUUUUUCCGGCCUUAUCAUAGCAGUGUCAAUGUUAUUGUACUCGUCAUCUUGAAGUAGAGUAUCAAUGAUUUUUCUCUCAUCCAAGGACAGCUCAGACCGAGGAGGUAAACUAGCAUAGCAUAAUGCAAGAUACUGUGCGUUGUCUGUGAGAGGACACAUGAUACCCUGCCUUUGAAUAACCACGUACCAGUCACACAAAUAAGAUAGGAAAAGAUCUGUUAAGUGCAGGGUGAAUAAAAAUCAAUGGCUUUUUUGUUUAUAAUUUUUCUUUUUUUAAAAAUAAACUUGUUUAAAAUGAAAUCCAUGUAAUGCAAAAUAUGUUAAGAACUAAACAUUAUAAUUUCUUAAAUAAUUUAAGUAAUAAAUAAAUAUGCCGAAUCCAUGAGCCUCUAUCAAAAACUUUGAUUUAAAGGCUGCUUUUCUGCAUAAAGAAAGAUGUUUUCCCCCUGAUUCUAACUUUUGAAGUCAAGUUUUAUAAAUAUGGUACAAUAGCCUAAGUAACUUAGGAGACUGUGUCAUUUUCAAGAGACUUAGGCGAGUAGGAACUUAAGCUGCAGUUACUUUCACUUAGACAUAUUUGAAAAUUUUCCCAGACUGACCUGAAAUAAUUAGUAUAAUUCACUGACUAUAGUUAAUCCCUCUGUUUAAUAAAUCAUUUAGUUAUAAAUGUGAAUCAUGUUUUGAUAAGAGAAGUUUAUGCAUCUAAAGCAUUUCAGGUUGUUUUGUUUUUUUAAAAAAUUGUGCUGUUUUGUGAGUUUAAUUAAAUUCCAGUUAUCCUAAUGCAGCUUGACACAAAUCAUGCAAAAAAGUUAUUACCUAGUAAAGAAGCAUUUAACAUACUAAAAAUGUACAGUUAAGAAUCUGAAAAUAUUAAGCUAUAUAAUUGCUUAAAUAAAUGUAUAUAGUAAUAGUGUACCCUCCUAUAUAACUAUAGGUUAUAUCACUAAUGAGAAACACUAUUUUCUAAAGAAAGGUGCAAAGUACAAAUGGAAAAGUUGAUUAAAACGGAUGAUUUAAAUCGAGGCUUUCCACUGGGUGAUUUAAAUCCAUCCACCCUGGUUACAAGCAAUCUCAACCACUAUGCUCAGCCAUUGUAGGAUUGUUCUCGAGUGUGUGUUUAGCUAGUGUUUUUGUUCUGUCUAGUUUAAAUGAGUUGAGUAACGAGGGUCCUCGGGAGACCAUUUCACUCUAACAGGUAACAUCAUUAGCAAAGUUUUACUGCCUAGAUCUUCCUUUGCUCAAUUUCAUCUAGUUAGUGCAAGUGCUAUUUCUUAUACCACACAGUAGUGCGCUUCUCCCUCCCCCUCUCCUCCCCACCGCCUCCUUUGCAUAUUUAUACCCUUCAGGUACUUCUAUUUGCAAGGGAUACUCUCCCGGCAGCUGUUGUUCCAUCAAAUUACCUAUAAUUGGUGUUUCAAUGCUUUCAUCAUAGAUAACUUUAUUUUUGUUUUCACUGACCUGAUAGCGCUCUGCAGUACCAAGCAAAAGAACCAUAUGUGAUUUCUCCAUCCACGCUGACCUGGGAGUGCUGCAGAAACAGCAUGCUUGGCUCAGUGCUAAAGAGCUGUCUUCCAUUGCUCUGCAGUGACUGCUAUGCCUCAUCCAGAGCAGCAUUGAGCUCCAGUUCCUUCUCAUCUGGAAGGCAGGCUCAAUAUGAUGCCGUUUGCAGGGUGGGGAAGGAGAGUUCUCAAGGGAUACAGAACAACCUAAGGCUGCACAAUAUUCUGUUUCUGUGGAUCCUGUCAAAACGUAUACUUUGUAUGCUUGAUGUGUUAGUUUUAAUGUGAUUUUAUUCUACAUGCUGGUAAUAACUUUAAAAAUUUUUUUUUUUUUACAUCUUAGAAAUCAGAUAAACAAUUUUUCUACCAGUAAUUGAGAAAAUAAAAUGUAACUACCACCCACUUUUUUGUAGUCUUUUCUGCUACAGAUAAACUUGAUUGGUAGCAGUCUUGCUCUCUUAGAUCAUCAUUAUGUAUGUGCAUUAUGGGAAACUAAUGAAGUAUAGUAGAUGAGUUUGCAACAGUGAUACAGUAAGCAAUUAGGAUCUGGACAGCAGCUUUUCAAGUGUCAUGAACUAUCAGUGCAGCAGCGGGUGUGCUGGCUUUCCACUUC